CGCUGAUCUCCUGCAUCUGAACUGUGAAGGAGCAGAACAGCAGGCCGAGUGAGGAGAACAGUGAAGCUACUGAUGCUGUCAUGGCUUCCUCCAGCAGUCUCCUGUCUGAAGAUCAGCUCCAGUGCUCCAUCUGUCUGGAUGUGUUCACUGAUCCAGUCUCUACACCAUGUGGACACAACUUCUGCAGGGUCUGUCUCAAAGAGUGCUGGGACAGCAGUUCACGCUGCCAGUGUCCAAUUUGUAUGGAGAGAUUCCAUAAAAGGCCUCAUCUACGUGUGAACACUUUCAUCUCUGGACUGGCUGCUCAGUUCAAGAAGUCAGUUCAGGUCAAAUCCAGCAGAGCUCCAGAGAAACGAACCUCCAAACGUAAAAGGGUGAUCUGUGACUGCUGCAGUGAUAAAAAGCUGGAGGCUCUGAAAUCCUGUCUGGACUGUGGAGUCUCUUACUGUGAGACUCAUCUAGCACUUCAUAAAACCACACCUAAACUGAAGAAACACAAACUGAUGGACCCUGUGGAGAACCUGGAGGACUACAUCUGCCAGAAACAUGAGAGACCCCUGGAGCUGUUUUGUAGAGAUGACCAGACAAGUGUGUGUCAGUUCUGCACUGAGACAGACCACAAGACUCACAGCACUGUUCCUAUAGAGGAGGAGAGUGGAGAGAAGAAGACUCAGCUGGUGAAGACACAGAGAGAAGUUCAGCAGAAGGUCCAGAACCGACUGAAGAAGAUUGAGAAGAUCAAACACUCUGUAGAGCUCAGUAGAAAAAGCACAGAGAAGGAGAAAGCAGACAGUGUAGAGGUCUUCAGAGCUCUGCUGCGCUGCAUUGAGAGAAGCCAGGCAGAGCUGCUUGAGGUGAUGGAGGAGAAGCAGAAAGCAGCAGAGAGGCAGGCUGAAGAGUUCAUUAAAGAGCUGGAGCAGGAAAUCACUGAGCUAAAGAGGAGAGACAUUGAACUGGAGCAGCUCUCCCACACUGAGGACCACCUCCACCUCCUACAGGUUUACCCGUCCCUCUGCAGCCCUCCACACACCAAGAACUGGGCUGAGGCCAGGAUUAACACUCAUCUGAAGGUAGAGCCUCUGAGGAGAGCUCUGACUCGGCUUCAGGAAGAGCUCAGUAAGGAGAUGGAGAAGAUUCCUGAGAUCAAAAUGAAGAGAAUUCGGAAAUAUGCAGUGGCUGUGACUCUGGAUCCUGAUUCAGCUCAUCCUCAACUCAUCCUCUCUGAUGACGGGAAAAAGGUCACAUGUGGAGACAAACAGCAGAAUCUCCCCGAAAACCCAGAGAGGUUUGAUUAUUGUUUCUGUGUGCUGGGAAAGGAGGGGUUCCCCUCAGGGAGAUUUUACUAUGAGGUUCAGGUCAGAGGGAAGACUGACUGGACGUUAGGGGUGACCACAGAGUCCAGUAACAGGAAGGGGAAUAUUACAGCCCGGCCCAAGAAUGGAUUCUGGAGACUGCUUCUGAGGAACGGGACUGAAUAUAAAGCUCAGGAUUCUCCCUCGGUCAACCUCUCCUUGAAAAAGGCUCCCCAGAAGGUGGGGGUGUUUGUGGAUUAUGAGGAGGGUCUGGUCUCCUUCUAUGAUGUUAAGGCCAAGUCUCAUAUCUACUCAUUCACUGGUCAGUCUUUCACUGGGAAACUCUAUCCAUACUUCAGUCCCUACCUCAAUCAUGGAGGUGCAAACUCGGCACCACUAAUCAUCACACCUGUUAAACGUCCUAAAUGAAGUGCUUUUCCUUCCAUAAAUCAUCCAGAAAUGCUUGGCUCACUUCUCUUUGUCGAACAACAGCCACUGAACAUAAGCGCGAUGGUCGGUGAGACCACAUGAACACUUCUACAGCGUACUAGCUAGUGGUCAGUCUGGAGCAGUAGGAAACUCUUGGGACUGUACCUGACUUCAAACAAGUGGAAUCAAGAGUGUUUCUGCUGCUAUGCCGGCUCUUUACAGAGGAGAUUAGGCCAGACACUUGACCUGAUCUCCUGUAAAAGAUACUUAUCUGUAUUUUUACAAGGAUUCAUGUUUUUAUGUUUGGUAUAUUGAACAAAAUAAAAUUAUUGGGAUGCUGUGAUUCAAACAGAAAACUUGCAAAUUGCAACAAACCAUCAUGGGAGUGACCUCGUGAAGGUUUUGCAGUCAGGUAAACUCUACAGAUAAACUCUGAAGGACCAGAAAACCAGGCCAAAGGAGAAAAAGUGAAGGUAGCAAUGUGUCCAGGUGUUAGUGCUGAAAAACAUCCUGUUCAGCAAAAUGUACCCGUUCACUGCUCUACAAAUGCAAUCACUUAUUCUUAUUAAGCUCUUCAAAGUAGUCAAAGACUAUUGUGUUUCACUGUUAUAUUUAACUGCAGGGUGAAUAGUGAUUUCACUGAGUUUAACCUGCUCUGGAGCGGUUUUGACUAUUGAACACAAUCACUGGCUGAAGUACUAGCACCACAAUCUAGGUACACAAAGUUAAACAGUAGGAAUGUAUUUUGUACAGAAAAGUGUAGUGAACACCACUAUCUGGUUGAGCCAAAGGCACUGCUAUUUAGAAGAACUUUCACAUGACCCGAAGUAAGAACGUUGGUUCCACAAAGUCUGAGGUAGAAGCCAUAAAACAGGCAUUACCUUGGGAGUCUGGACACUGUGGGAGGUUAGCAAGGUUAGCUCCAUAAGGCUUCAUAAUACCAGGCAGCUAUAAAUCUUUGCUUGGACGCAGCUACAGGCUAUGUCUUUCUUUUGUUCCUUUUCCUGCCUGUGUUCUUUAACAUGUGUUACGCAUCAGGUAACAAGGGUUAAACUCUGGUCAGAAAGACAGGUCAGAAGUAUUAGACGAGAUGCCUUCGAUCAAGCCUGCUCUGAGACGACCCCUCCUGAAGUCACCCCCCAACUCCAAUGUAAGCUGGUUCCAUCUAUUUGCAGCCAGAGUACUUAAUAGGUAAAUCCAUCCAUAUAGUUAUCUCAGAGAAGCUGAGUCUUUCAGAUGUUAAGAUGGGGAGGGAUUAACUGCUCUGUGAAAGACUGAGCUGGAAAAUAGUGCAUCAAUUCAAGAAUAACUUGAAAAGAUUUCAUGACCUAAUAAUAUGUGGUACAUAAUAACAUUAAGAGAUUCAGAGAAUCCAGAGAAAUCUCUGCAUGCAAGGGACAAGGCUGAAAACUAAUAUUGGCUGGCUGUGAUCUUCAGGACUUGAAGCAGCACUGCAUUAAAAACAGACACAAUUCUCUAGAGAACUGCAAGAGAUCAGGAAAACUUUCAAAAACCACUGUCUGUGAAUACAGUUGUGGCAGCAUCCACAAAUGCAAGUUAAAACUCUACCAUGCAAAGAA